AUGAUGAGCAGCUACAGCAUCAUCUACGCCCUCGCCGCUAUUGGAUAUCACCGGGGCCUGUCGCGAACCACGACCACACGGUUCUGGUUCGAACCCACGCUUCUCACGACCGACCUGUUCAUGCAGUGGAUGCACAUUGGGGCAACUCAGCCGCCGCUCAAAUUUACCUUCCUCGAGCCCUCGCCGUCUUUUGGGUCUCUGGGAUUCAAGGGUCCCUGCCGCGACCACUUUGUCGAAUUGAAGCGCAUUUCGGCAUUCCUGGCAUACGAGAUCCGGUUGGGGUCGGCGCCUGCCAACCUCGUUGACGUCGUUGGAUCGGGCUUCCCGCCUCUCGUCGCCUCAACUUUUCGGCGACGAAAGUCUUAUUAG